AUGACUUCUUUGCCCUCCCUCCCAGUGACGCACAAUGACUUCGUGAAGUAUGUCAACUCCAACCCAGAGAAGCCCAUGAGAGACUUGCUUCAGCCAUACAACGAGUUUGAUGCUAUUUUGCGCAAGAAAUUUGCUCAAGACCCAUCUCAUACAUCAAUCCAAGGUAACUAUGUCAACAUUGUGCCGCUGUAUGACCAGAAAGGUUCCACAGAUCUUUCUAUUCGAUCUCGGGACCUUGCCUCGGAAACACCAGAGCAAACGGAGAAGUAUCUUUUGCCACUAAGUGCAGAGGACCGGAAACCACAUGGCUCUGCGGCAGUUGUAUUAUCUUUGAAUGAGUUCCAGAACAACUUUGCACUCUUCACAGAGGGCUCAUUGAGUGAUAUUGAUUGGUCCAAUGUGGUCGCUGCUGGUAGCGCUGUCGUGACCUCACUUUUGCCUGUGCCGGAAAAGUACCGCAAUUCCAAGCGUGGUCUUCGCAAGUACUAUCAUGAUGAGUUUGCUCCGGCGUCAGAUGUGGACCUCUUCUUGUAUGGCCUGAACGAGGAGCAAGCUCUCGAGAAGAUCAUGCACAUCGAGGAUAAGAUCAAAAACACUAUCCUCUAUGAGACCACGACCAUUCGGACCAAGAAUACGAUUACCAUUGCUUCUCAGUAUCCGAAUCGCCAUGUGCAAAUCGUGCUUCGCAUCUACCGCUCAGUCGCUGAGAUUCUCACUGGCUUUGACGUCGAUGCUUCGUGCGCGGCUUAUGAUGGUAGUCAGGUCUACGCCUCCCCACGUGCAAUCGCCGCAUACAUCACGCAAGUGAAUCAGAUUGAUCUAUCUCGACGAUCACCAUCAUAUGAGAACCGUCUUUCCAAGUAUUCGCACCGAGGAUUCGAGGUUUUCUGGCCUGCUCUUGAUAGAUCAAAGAUUGACCCGACUAUAUUCGAGAGAAGCUUUACCAGAACUGAAGGACUUGCACGACUUCUGGUAUUGGAAAAGCUUCCUCGGUCUGAUGACCGGGACAACUAUCUCCAAAAGAGGCGUGAGGAACGAGGUCGUCCACCUCUAGAUUUGUAUCUGCGACGUCGUCAUGGUAAAGCACUGCAUGGUAAUCUUAAGGACGACUGGGAAGAUGAGGUGCCUGAAUGGCAAGAGCAAGAUCAAGUUUCUGACUAUCAUACUUUUACUAUUCCUUAUGGCCGGAGAUUCAAUGCCAGGAGCAUUGAGAAGCUACUUUACACCAAGGAUCUGUUGUUGAACGCCCAAUGGAACCAGCCCAAAGACCGUGCUGUUUAUCUUCAUCGUCAUCCGGCAUUCUUCGGCGAGGCAGAGCAUGUCAUUGGUGACUGCUGUGGCUUCUGCCCCAAGGCUGUUACCGAGGAGGAAGUUAAGCUUGCCGAAGAGGAGGCCAAAAUUUAUAUCUCUGGUAAUAUUACUUUCAUCAAAGAUGAUCCAGGUCGCCAGGAAAUUGGAAGUUUUAAUCCCAUCACUGAAACUGAUUGGACCGAAAUGGCUUACGUUGGCCAAACCGAGAAACUUUGCCAGGCAAUCGUGGCAAACGAUGUAGACUCUGUCAAAGCUUUCCUUGCGGAGGAGGGCACCAACCCAGAUCGUCGCGACUACACUGGGCGGACACCGCUACAACUCGCGUGCAUGUGCUCGACACCUGAAGUUGUCCAAUGUCUUAUUGAUGGCGGUGCUCGCAUGAUUCCCCGUAUGGCGGAUGGAAAGACUGCGCUCCAUCUUGCCGCUGCCCGGGGACACGUUGAGAUCAUCCGAAUUCUACUCAAAAAGAGCAACGAGAAUGAAGAAGAGGAAGCCACGAAGCAGGAAUCGCUGAAAAAGAACGACAAGUCAGAGACCAAGCCUAGCACAGACGAGGAUGAAGAUAUUGAGAUGAUUGACCAAACUGAUGCCAUGUCUCACACCUCUGCCUCUUACGUCAAGGUCGAUAGCGAGGAGAACGAGGAUCUGCGCACGUACGAUACGCUCGAGGAGAAUGAUCUCGAACCGGAUGUCUACGACGUGAAUGUUGUUGCAUGGGAUAGCCGUGCUGCUCCUUUGCAUCUCGCCAUUCUCCAUGGUCACACGGAGGCCGUGAAAGAGCUAGUCGCGUCCUUUGGGGCCGAUAUUUUGCUGCCAAUCAAAAUUAUGAAUGAGCAUUACAGAACACCCGAGGCUGCAAUUCUCAAUCUUGUUCUCGUCCAUUGCCUCUCAUCUGAGAAAGCAAAGGAAAUGUCCCACACCCUUCUAAAUCUCGGCGCUUCACCAGCCCAAGCAGAUCUCAAGCAGAAGACACCGCUAUACUACCUUGCCCAUUCCAACAAGUUUGACAUUAUGGAUAUCUACAUGCAGCAUGAUGAGCCGGCUGUAAAGCGGGCAAUCAAUCACUUGGUACUCAAGGGCUCGAAGUGGACACCAGAAUUUUCCUCGGCAUUGAUGGCUGCAAUAAGUGCGAAGAGUGCCCCGGCAGCAGCCAAGAUGCUGAACGCAGGUGCCCACCCGGAGAUUGACCUAGGGGAGCUUGUGAAGGCUGUGAAGGCAGCUAAAGGACCGCACGCCUACUACGGCGGCACAAUCGAAGACGAAGCAAAGGCCAGUGUGAAGCAGCCAAUCUUGCUGGCAAUUGACAAUGAUCUUCCUUUAGUCGCCAUUGAUUUGCUUAAUCGGGGGGUCGACCCUAACAGCGAUAGCACUUCCAUCAAGGAGAGAUAUCAAGACAAGGGCCGUACAGUAUUGGACGUCACGCGUCAGAUUUUGCAAACGCUCCGUGAAUACCUUGUCGGGCGCAAAUACCCUUCCCAUGAUCUUAAGACACCACUUGAUCCAAAUGACGAGACAUAUUUGUCGGAGUUCCAGUCUGGUAGCUACAAAAUGUUCGCCGCAAAGGACCUGCUCCGCAGCGUACGCAAGACAAACCGAGAGAUCGAGGCAAACGACAAGGCUGAAUCCGAAAAGCAUGAUCCUCCUGGCUUAUUCGAGAAGAAGGCGGUAAUUGCGGAGUUGAUUCGCGACUACGAGAAGCUGGAGUUCAUUUUGCUUAAAAAAGGUGCAAAGACAUGGGACGAGCUUCACCCCCAGGAGGAGGUUCCCGUGCCGGCCCCAGCCUACGUCUCAACUGAAACUAAACUGCCCCCUCCUAAGCCUUGGGAAGUCACCUUUAACUUCAAUGUACCAGCCAUCACUGAGAAUGCUCGUGAUGGAUACCUGCAACUCUUCGAAGCGGCCUGGAAUGGCGACAUUGAUACCAUCAAAACCUUGACACUGGGCAAGUGGGGAUCUCUCAAUGACCAAGAACCCCUUGAGAUCGCUGUGAGCGACAAUCAAGGCCUGUCUGCCCUUUUAAUCUCCAUCAUGCGCGGGCAUCUCGCCGUCGCUAGGGCUAUCCUUCAAAUUCUCCACGUUCAGUACAAGGUGAAGGUUUCACACGGUCGGAAGCGCUUUGAGAUCGAUACCGAUGAAUACUCUAAUGCCUCUGACGACGACUCAGAUGGAGAGAACGAUAGCCUUAACAUAGUCAGUGAUGUUGUUGAUGAUACCUUCACAUACGAAAACAUCGGUGAAGUUACCAGUCAGGUUGAGAGCAAUACCUCCCCCCUUUCUGCUUUUCAGGCGCAGUUCAAUGCCUUCCUAUUUUUGGACGAAUAUCAGGACGAAGAAUCUUGGGAUAAGAGAGACAAAUCUCCCAAUAUUGACAGCUUAUUGAGAUAUGCUGUCUACAAAAACAACAUUCCUCUUUUGGAAUUCCUCUUGAAGACUGGACUGGACCUCGCUAGCACCAAUCCAUCCGGAGAGAUCGAGUUUUCAGUAAGGUCUAAGGACUUCGAGCUUGCAAUGUCACUUGGACGUACCGAGUGCCUUGCGAAACUGAUUCAAAUGACUGGAGCUGGCCUCCCACUCGCAAAAUUGAGUGAUGAUUGUGGCGUUGAGGACAAGAAAGAGCCUCAAUACUACCCUGGGCUGUCAAUUCGUGGCGCCAAGCGUGCCGAUUGGGCUAACGCUGGCCGAGACCAACCGAUGAAAGCCCAGUCACAACGUCCGCCCCUUCUGACUGCGGCUCGUCAGGGUAACCUGGCAGCUACAGAGUUCUUCCUUGGUACCGCGCCUGCUCGUUAUUACAUGGAGUAUCUCAAUUCGAAGAAGAAUGAUGAGAGAGUUAAACGAUUGACCCAGUCCAAGCUCGGACUCGAAGGCACACUCUUAACCUGGUUACAAGCAAAAAACAACCUCGUCCUUCACUUCGCAAUUAUGUCCGAACCAAGCGACGAAACAGUCCGUCUGGUUCAGUAUCUUGUGGAUCAACACCCCGAAUGCAUGGAGGCUCGCUCAACAGAAGGACUGACGCCCCUGGCCUGGGCCAUGUCCCUCCAUAAGGUCCGCUUCGCGCGCAUUUUGAUCAAAGCCGGCGCCAAUCAAGCAGCGCGCGACAAAGAGGCGCGCAAUCUUCUCCACCUAAUCCUCUUUUCAGACACUUAUCGACCCUGCAAGAACUCCAACCGCUUCACUAGACUCACAGACCUGCUGGAUAAGCAACUCCUGCAGACAAUGUUCAUGCAACGCGCCAGUGGAGGCCUACGAACACCAUUUAUGGCCUGGCUUCAGGCCCAAACCCAGUUUACGCCAGAGGAUCCGGUCAUCCCUCGGCCCCCUAACAGUCCUCAGACUGAGGAUGAAAUACUCACAUCUAUGACAAACGUUAUUCUGGACCUGGCUGACUCCAGCCAAAAGCAUCUCGAACUCUUUGACGCAGGUGGAAACACACCACUGCAUAAUGCUGCCAGGAAACAAUUCCCGCAAGUUCUUGGACUACUCCUCGAUCGUCGUCCUGAUAUGCUGUACCGGGAGAAUGCCACUGGUACGACUCCCAUGGAGAUGGUAGUUGACGCCUGGGUCAAUAAGUGUACCGCUGCGCCGCCUGUCAGUCCUCCGGCAUCUUCGGCCACACACCCUGAGUGGCAACAUGCCGUUCAGCGUGAUCCUCAAUUCUUCAUUCCCGGUGCCAGGGUCAAGUACGACAAAGAAAAGGUUAUGCUUCGGGUGUGUCAGGAACGGGCUCGGGAACGGCCUGGAAAGAGAAGACUUGUCAGUUUGUUUGAGGCGAAUGAGGUUUCUAAGAGAUUGGUGGCAAUGGGACGGACUGUUCGGGGUGCUGGAAAUUAUAACAAGCCUACAGGUCAUAAUGAUGAUCCUGAAGGAUGGGGAAGCAUGUAUGACAUGUAUUCUCGUUGGUAG